GCCACUUUUUACUUCUCUUGCCUCAACAUAGAGUAAUUAGUCUAAAGCGAAAGCUUUUUGGACUAGUAUACCCUUAUCCUAUUGAAUGUCAAUGUAUGAUCUUCGUUUCAUGCAUGACACCGGUUAGUUUGACUGUUGCUCCUCGAGGCCCCAAGGCUCAAGUUAUCUCAUAGUAUACCCACCAUGAACCAUAAGGUCCCGAUACGAGUUGACGGUAGAUUCAGACUCGGAGAUGUUUUGGGAUCUGGUUCAUACGCUGUUGUGUACCACGCUCAGAACAUCAUCAAAGAUGAUGCUGUUGCCAUCAAACUUGAAUGUAUCACAACCCAGCCAUCUUCUGUACAGCGCGAAUAUGCCAUUCUGAAACGACUUGAAGGUGGCGUUGGGAUACCUCGCGCUCUCUGGUUCGGUCGAGAAUCAACAUAUCACGCUUUGGUUCUCGGCCUCCUUGGGCCAUCACUCCAAGAUCUUUUCCUCGCACAUAAUCGAAAAUUUAGCCUUCAUACUGUUGUCAAUCUAGGAAUCCAACUGCUCUCACGUCUUGAGUAUAUCCACUUGAACAAUUAUGUUCACUGCGAUAUCAAACCACAGAAUGUCUUGGUGGGCCUUGGCCAUUUGAAGCACACCACAUUUAUAAUCGAUUUCGGUAUCGCGAAGGAAUACUGGGACACCGCAACUAGAGUCCAUAUUCCCUUUCGUCACAAUCAACGUCUCACUGGCACUCCUGCCUUCGCUUCAAUCAACAACCACUUAGGAGUUGACCCGGGUCGUCGCGACGACCUUGAAUCGCUUACAUACAUGUUGAUCUAUCUGUUACGCGGCUCCCUUCCAUGGUUAACUAGUGACCACGAAAAACUCUCCAGCUCUUCCAUACUCGAGCGCAAGGUCAACACCACCAUUGAAGUCUUAUGCGAUGGAAUUCCCGUUGAAUUUGCAAGUGUUCUCAUCUACACGUGCUCUCUUGCAUUCUUGGAAGACCCUGACUAUGGGCAUCUUCGUUCAUUGCUUUAUGCGCCAUCUACAUGCUCGCUGGAUUUCAGCAUGCCCGAUAAUCACAUCACACAUCACCCUCCAAUCUCCAAUGGACCCUGGAUGGCCGAGGUGGCCCCAUAUCUGCCGGAUGCAACACCACUUCGCAGAUUUACUCGUGUGUGA